UAGUAUACCGGGAGAGUUGGUCUUCAAAGUAUAUAACAUUGUAUACUUUUAAAAGGAUAUAAUAUACUUUUAUAAGUAUUUUAUAUAUAAGGAUAUUAUCCUUGUGAGAAUGAAGUUUGACGAUAUUCUUCGCAUUCUCGGGGAGUUUGGCACUUACCAGCGAAGGAACUAUGCCCUAAUAUGUCUGAUAGUAAUACCUCAAACAUGGAAUACCCUCAUUCAACUUUUUGCCAUGGGUGAUUCCGAUCACUGGUGUCAGGUGCCAGGAUGGAAUAAUACAUUUUGUGAGGAGUAUGGAGUGCCGUGUGAUGUCGACACAAAGAAAAUGUUGAACAUCCCAUUAACAGAUGGAAAGAGUAGUAAUCAAGAAUUCCAAAAGUGUGCGAGAUAUAAUACAUCUGAUUUCUCCGUUCUUUCGGUGGUUACUGAUAUUAAUGGUAGUGUCAAUUCCGACCAUCACCAAUUGGCCCAUAAGGACUUAAGAACUGAUCUGGAUGUAAUUCCAUGUGACGCUGGAUGGGAGUAUGACCGGAGCCAAUAUACACGAACUUUCGUUCAAGAGACGGACCUUGUAUGUGCUGACGCAAAAUACAUCCAGUUUUCACAAAUGUUCUAUUAUGGUGGAUACUUGGCAGGGAGUGCUAUAUUUGGAGCCUUAGGGGACAGAUUUGGACGGAAGCCAGUUCUCGUCAUCGGCAUGAUAUUUCGUAUUAUCUUUGGGUAUAGCCUUGCACUAGUUCAUAACUACUGGGCAUUUGCCGUGAUAAGAUUCUUCAACGGAACAUUUCAAAUAGGACCCUACAUCCUUGCUUAUGUGCUGGGCACCGAAUUUGUGGGAAUCUCUAAACGCAAUAUUUCAGGUUUGUUUUUCAGUAUUCCAUACGCAAUGGGAUACAUGAUGCUUGCCGGGAUCGCAUACUUGAUUCGAGAUUGGAGACUUCUACAAAUCGCUCUGAUUACACCUUUAUUUCUUUUCUUUAUCGUCUUCCUUUUCCUCCCAGAGUCUCCGCGGUGGUUAUUAAGCCAAGGCGAGACCGAGAAAGCAAGGAAGAUAAUCCAACACGCUGCCAAGGUUAAUAAAGUGCAGCUUCCAGAUGAUUUCCUUGACGACCAAGAUGAUGCUAAUCAAAACUUGGAAUAUGAUGAGAAAGAAACAGAAAGGAAGCCCAAUUUUACAGACGUAUUUCGUCAUCGCAGUAUGUGCAAGCGAACAAUCAUCUUAAUGUAUGCAUGGGCGGUGUGUGCCAUGGUGUACCACGGGUUAAGUCUGAGCACUUCAAACCUUGGUAUCGAUGUCUAUCUGUCUUUCUUUGUCUCUGCCGCCAUUGAGCUACCAGCCUACAUCCUCUCCAUCUUCAUUGUAGAACACCCGUGGUUUGGAAGAAAGAGAAGCACGGUCAUCAUGAUGUUGUGUGGAGGGGUAGCGUGUGUUCUUACCAUCUUCAUAACUCCUGGUCCGGUGAGAGCUGGAGUAGCCUUCAUUGGGAAAUUCGGAAUCUCAGGGGCAUUUAAUCUCAUCUACCUGUUUACCUUAGAACUGUAUCCAACAAUAUUGAGGACCGUUGGAUUGGGAAUAUGUUCCAUGGCGGGUCGAAUUGCUAACAUGCUAGCCCCUUUGGUACUGCUUACCGGAGAUCUUUGGAUACACUCUCCGCUUCUCAUCUUUGGAACCUGCACAGUCCUCUCCGGUUUAUUGUGUCUCUUCCUGCCGGAGACCAGGGGCAAAAAACUACCAGAGACUGUGGAAGAUGGCGAGAACUUUGGAAAAAUUUCAGACACCAAUGGAACAAUAUCAUACCCAGUAAACGGCUUUUAUGAGUUGGAUGAAGAUGACGUGAAUGACUCCUGUAGUGUACAAAGUGUUUAGGUCAGACUUCCGAUGCACGUAGUUUUUUCCACCUGCCUAUAUUUCACCCUACAUCUCAUCGGGUCUUUCAAAAUUGGGUCUAAAUGGAAAUUCGAAAUUCGGGAUAGGCCAACGAACACAGAGAGCGUGAACACUAACUUUUCAAAUUUGAAUUUUGCGAACAGCGCGUCCAAUGGAAUAUGAUAUGGGUAGACAUAGGUGUUUAAGAUGUUAGCAUUAAAGGAGAAGUUCACCAAUAAUAUCAGUUGGCUUAAAUGAAAGCAAGAAAUAUAGAAAGAAUAUUAAUAAAGAUCUUAUGAAAAUCCAGUAUCGUAUAAAAGAGUUAUGAGUAUUUAAAGUUUUUAAUUUGUGACGUCAUGUGCAAGCAGCUCCCACAUGAUAAAUUUCAUUUUGUAAUAGAACAUG